GCGGAGCAGCUACGUCAAGAGAAUUUGGGAUGCGCCCUGGGUCUGUGACUGCCUGGAAACUCUCACCCGUCAGUACAACUUUUUGGAAGUGGCGCUGGAGCUACCAACCCCUAAUGUGAUAGAAGUUAAUUUAAAUCAAAUCGAUGAAAAACUUUGCAAAAUAAUACGAAUUUAUCCAACUUUGAAUCAUGUUUUACGCAAGCUGACAGGAGAAUUACGCACGACUAAAAAACACUUCGGUUUACUGAAACCAUCCGACUUUUUUCCUCUAUUGCAAAUGCAGUAAGGAUGUUGGCGAGAAAAAGCAUCAUCCCGGAGGAGUUCUCCCUACCGGGGCUUGCUUCGAGGAUCCACCGCAAACCAGUGUUCAGGGACCGGGUGAACAAAGCCCGCUUCAUCGCCAAGAGCGGAUCCUGCAACUUGGCGCACAAGAACAUCCGAGAACAGGGAAGAUUCUUGCAAGACGUCUUCACCACUCUGGUGGACCUGAAAUGGCGCUUCACCCUGGUCAUCUUCACCAUGACUUUUCUGUGCAGUUGGCUCCUCUUCGCCAUGUGCUGGUGGCUCGUGGCCUUUGCCCAUGGAGACCUUGUACCCAACCGCACGUCUGGCAUUGAGCAGUGCGUCACCAACGUCAAUUAUCUUUUCUUGUCAUAUCUUAUUUUCAGCCGCAACGCCGUCAUCGCCGUGCGCAACAACCGCCUAUGCUUCAUGACCCGUGUGGGCGACCUUCGCAAGUCCAUGAUCAUUGGCGCUGCCGUCCGCCUCCAGGUGGUACGCAAGACCACCACCCCCGAAGGCGAGGUCAUCCCUAUCCACCAGAUCGACGUGCAAACGGAGAGCGCCGCGGCGAGUAACUCCAUCUUCCUCUUGGCGCCACUCAUUAUCUGCCAUACCAUCAAUAAGGACAGUCCGCUGUACGACCUGUCGGCCAUGGAGCUGCAGUGCAGCGACCUGGAGGUGAUUGUGAUCUUGGAGGGCGUGGUGGAGACCACGGGCAUCACCACCCAGGCCCGGACCUCCUACGUCACCGAGGAGAUCCAGUGGGGUCACCGCUUCGUGCCCAUCGUGACUGAGGAGGACGGGGUGUACUCGGUGGACUACUCCAAGUUUGGGAACACGGUCAAGGUGGCGACGCCGAGGUGUUCGGCCCGCGAGCUGGACGAGAAGCCCUCCAUACUCAUCCAGACGCUGCAGAAGAGCGAGCUGAGCCACCAGAACUCACUGAGGAAGAGGAACUCAAUGAGGCGGAACAACUCCAUGAGGAACGGCGGGAGCUCCGGCACCAUGCGGAGGAACAACUCGGCCCUCACCGUGCCCAAAGUGCAGUUCCUCACACCUGAGGCGGUGGGCCAGAACAUGGCCGUCACAUGACACGAGGCCUGGCUCCCAUUGGCUGUCCUGCUCUUCCUGGGUGGGACCUCCCAUGUUUAUCCUCUGGCUCAGUUAGAGCUGACUCUGGUCCUGUUCCCCACACUCUGCCACAUAUACAGUAGUCAAUGCUAUACCUGACACACACAAUGCCCUGUUAGUACUAUUGUUGUGAGGAUGGAUUUAACCGGUUUUAGUUACUGAUUAGUGUCUCAUUUUCAGUCUGGUUCUUUCCAAGUGCCUUUGCCUUUGUCUGGUUCUAAGCUGUAAUAGGCAUCCACAAGUUGUACUUUAUGAUGUAAAUGCCUUUAGACAUGUAAUAACUCUUUAUAUUGCUUUUUACUGAAUUCUGUACUCAUCACUAAAUCCAUGUGAUGAUUUAAUGUGCUCUUUAAUGUUACCGUGACCAAAGAACAUAUUAUUACAGAUGAUAAUGGCCAACUCCUUUCUAAUAGUAGAAGAAAAUGAUGUUUUGAUAUCAGCUGCAACGUAUUACACACCAACCCGGUUCCUCAUUCUUAUCAGAACCUUUAAUAAAGCAUUUACUUCAGUACUGUAUGAACAUUGUACUGUUUCUGGAAACUGUCACAGUAAAUAGAUCCCCUAUAAAACUGA